CCUCUCCGGACUUCCGGGUUGAGGUUCCUGCUGUAGCCCUGGUUGUUUUGAAUGUGCAAUGGCUGAGGAUCCUUCGCUGGCUCUCCGGGUCUCGGAAAUUAAGGACCCGGCGGUUCUCUUCGAGCGCUACAACACCGAUGAGAUCCGCCGAAUCGAACGCAAAGUCCGCGGUGAGAUUGAGCAGAAGAAAGAGGAGCUUAGACAGAUGGUGGGAGAACGCUACCGGGAGUUGAUGGACGCUGCUGACACCAUUGGAGAGAUGAGGCAGUGCUCGGAGAGUGUCGUCCAGUCCAUUCAAGACAUGCACCAGUACUGCCAUAGUCUGAAAAGAGGCAAAACCAGUGUGAGCAGCAGCAGACAGGAGAGCCAGAGGCAGUGGCAGGAUAAAUUCUACACCAUGGCUGCCCAGAUCAAGCUCCUCCUAGAGAUUCCAGAGCGCAUCUGGAGCGCCAUGGAGGCCUCCCAGUACCUUCAGGCCACUCAGCUCUACCUGCUAUGCUGCCACCUGCACAGUCUGCUGCAACUGGAGGCUGCUACAGGGGGCCACUACAGCCCUGUCCUGGCCCGCUUCCCAAUUCUGGUCCGACAGGUAGCCACCACUGGGCAUUUCAGGUCCACCAUUCUACUGGACAGCAGGUCUCUGCUGCAGGGCCGGGCAGUGUCAGACCAGGCCAUUGCUGAGGCCCUGGUGUCCACCAUGCUUUUGGAAGGUAGCUCUCCACGUCAAGCACUGGCUGAUUUUUUGCUGGCCCGGAAGGCCUCUAUUCAUCAGCUGCUCAACCAACCACAGCACGGUGCAGGGAUCAAGGCCCAGGUGUGCAGUCUGGUGGAGCUGCUCAUCACCACUCUGUUCCAGGCCUAUGCCGUCUUUUACAUUCCCCCAGAGGGAAGCCCCCGGCCAGGGGAAGGAACCUUGAGCUGUGGAAUGCUCUUCUCCAUCCUUGAGAUUGCUACCUCCGACACUCCUGCAGCUAAAGGUAAGAGGGUGAUGCAGGGAGAGACAAGCACAGGCAGCUGGUUCAAGUACCUGCCUCCCUCCAUCACUGAGUUCCAGCCCACCCUCCGCACCCUGGCUCAGCCAAUCCAGAGAGAGCAACUCCGGGACACUCUGCAGCAGUGGAUUGAUACCUGUAAGGAGGUUAUCUGCCAUGGAGUUGGUGGCCUUCUGGUCUAUGUAAAGAGCCUGAAGGGAUUAGCAGCCAUAAGGGAUGCCGUGUGGGACCUCUUGUCGACAGAGUCCAUUAGUCAGCAUUGGAGCACUGUAUGCCAGCGGCUGCUGGAGCGACCACUAGCAGUCUGGGAUGACUUCCUGCAGCAACUUUUCCUGGAGCGCCUGAAGGCUAUCACCAAAGAAGAAACCGAAGCCAUAUCAACUAGCUCUAUCCAGCUCCUCACUUCAGCUGUGAGGGAUCUUGAGGGCCAGACCAUCCAUACUUCUUCAUGUGCCAGCCCCAGCUUCAGCCGAGGGGCCCAGUUUGAGGUAGAUGUGGCAUCCUUCCUGUGGUCAGAGUCUCCAGGAGACCUGCUAAGUGAUGCAGGGUGGGUCAGCGUUAGCCAGCGGGGACAGCAGCACCAGAGGAGUAGCCUUGCCAUGAAGACCCAGGCCCUGACACCCUGUGUUCAAAACUUUUGCUCUUCCAUGGAUGCUAAGCUAAAGGAAAGGCUGGAUGAUGUGCAGCACUACCUUCCCUCGCAGGCCACAGGGGCUGACUCCAAUUCGGUCUCGAUCACCUCCUCUGUUUCUGCCACUAGCACGUCAGCCUCCUCCUUUAACCGCUACACUGACUCGCCAGCAGUGGAGGAGGCUUUCCGGGAAGGCUGCCUGGCCUGCGUCCACAGCAUCCUAACCUCCAUUCGCUCUGAACUUGCCACAGCCUCCCCUGAACCCGUCCCGGCCCAACUCAGUUCAAUCCUUUUCAUGGCCAGGCUGUGUCAGUCCAUGGGUGAACUCUGCCCCAACCUCAAGCAUUGUAUCCUGGGAAAACAGAAUGGUUCGGAGGCCACAGCAAAGGGAACACCCAGACAGAGCAAGAAGCUUGGCAAGGCCAGGACCGCCACAGAAUUCAGUCCUGCCCAGGCAAAGUGGGCAGGACUAAAGGAGGAGCUUCUCAACUGCAGCAUGGAGGCGUACCGUAUCUGGAGCUUCACCCUGUCCAAAGUGCUUCUGGAUAAGUUUGGCACAGCGCUGCAUGCUGAGUCUGCUGGUGCCAUCCUUACAACAGCAACAAACUGGGAAGAUCUGGAGAUCCAAGAAGAAGCAGAGUCUGGGAGCAGCGUCACCUCCAAAAUCCGUCUUCCUGUCCAGCCGUCUUGGUUCGUGCAGUCACUGCUGUUCCAGCUGUGUGUGGAGGUCAAUCGGGUGGGAGGCCACGCUCUACCCCAGCCCACCCUGCAGGAGCUGCUGCAGGCCUGCCAUGCUCAGGCCCUGGAUCACUUCCACAGUCUUACACAGCAAGCCCCCAACAGAGAGGCUGUAUUCCCGAUGACUCAGAACAGAGCCUUGCAGCUGUUGUUUGACCUUCGUUACCUCAGCUCCACACUGGGCUGCAGACUGGAGGAGGGAAAGAGCUCCCGAUCCCAACAAGACCCAAGAUUCCAUGAGAUAUGUGACUGGCUUGAAAGCUUCAUUGACCCAUUUGACCUGGACGUGUUCACACCUCCACUGAACUCUAACCUCAGUCGUCUUUCCCAGAGGACCUCGGUGCUGCUGGGACUGCUGACAGGUUCAGAGAAACAGUUUUCCUUACGGAGCAGCAGUGUGAACUCCCAGGAGCCGUACAACAUCCUGCCGCUGGCCAGCAGCCAGAUCAGGUUUGGUUUGCUGCCUCUCAGCAUGUCCAAUGUUCGUAAACCUAAGUCAGCCUCCAGAAGCUCUGAAGCUCCUCACCAACCGCAGGAGGACAGCUUCCGGCCAGGCAGCCUGUUCAGACAACUCGUAGAUCAGGAAGAAGACAUAGCCGCUCCUUCAUUGUUCAAACUCAGCUGGCUGUCUGGCAUGGCCAAGUAACCCUUUUUUGCUCAAGGCUUUUUAUUUGGCUUUGCAGAAUAUUUGUAAAAAAUGGUAUUUAUAGUAAAAAAAAAAGAUUUCUCUCUUGA